GAAGAAAUAAAAAACAUUUGGAAUCAAACUUCAUCUGAAUCAGUUCGAAAGCUUGAUAAGAAUAUUGUAUCAAAGUCAGCUAAUGAACAGAGUCAGACAUGCUUAAGAGAGCUUGAAGAAGACAAUCAGAAAUUAUUAGAAAUAUGUGAGAAAUAUGAAGUUAGAAAUUUUAUUGAAAAUUGUGAUAUUAGACUUUCUAACAAAGCCACUGAUUUACAAACUUCUUUGGAUAGUCCUGAUCAGGCAAAUAAUGAUGUUGCUAAACAAACAAAUAUUAAAAGCCAGAAAAAAACAUUUCGACUUUUUAACAUUGAUUCUACACCAUUAUAUGAUGUAAUUCCAGGAAGUUUUGCACAGAAAAAAAUAUGUCCAAAUACAGGUCUGAUUAAAAACAAAAAUAACAGUAAUAUAAAAACAGAUAUCAUACCUAAUAAAGAGAAUAACUUUGAUGAAGAUAUUUCUGCAUUGCGAAUUAGUGAAUACAAGAAUGUGAUCCAAUUAAAUAAAAGUCCAGUGAAUAAACUUGCUGAGGAGAAGAUGGAUUGCUUGGGAACUGACUGUGACGUGGUUGAAUUAUCAAAAAAAGAAUUGCAUGAAUCCAAAAAUGUGAGUGAAUUAAAGGAAAAUAUUCAAGCCACUGCAAGAGAUUCACAAGCUAAAAAUUCUGUAGAACAACAUGAAAAUCAAGCUCAAACUGAAGAUCACAUUUCUGAUAUGUACGAG